AAGAAAACGUAGAAGAAGAAGAGCACGUGAUUCGCGCUAACUAGAAGCAAGAUGGCGGCGGCUGUGCGGAGCUUGCAAGACCAGCUCGAUAAAGCCAAGGAAAGCCUGAAAAAUGUGGACGAUAACAUUCGCAAAUUAACGGGACGUGAUCCCAAUGAAUCAAGACCGGGUCAGAUCCGUCGGCUCGGCGGCCCCAUGGCAGGCCCGGGUGGAGGUAGAGGAAGAGGAAUCAACCUGCUCAGGCGUAGUCUCUCAGAAAUUGGAAGCGGCGGCCCUCCUGCCAAGCAGAGGGACAUCGAAGGAGCCUUGCUGAGGCUGGCAGGGGACCAGAGGGCCAGGAGAGACGCACGCCACGACAGCGACGCCGAGGAUGAUGACGAUGUCAAAAAGCCGGCGUUGCAGUCGUCUGUAGUGGCUACCUCCAAAGAGAGAACACGCCGAGACCUCAUUCAAGAUCAGACCAUGGAUGAGAAGGGCAAACAGAGGAAUCGGCGCAUGUUCGGCCUGCUGAUGGGCACCUUGCAGAAAUUCAAACAGGAGUCCAACGUCUCUACAGACCGGCAAAAGAGACGCACAGAGAUCGAGCAGAAGCUCGAGGUUCAGGCUGAGACUGAGAAAAAGAAGGUAGAGACCGAAAAGAAGGAGCUGUUUGAGGAGAGGAGAGCCAAACAGACUGAGCUGAGACUGUUGGAACAGAAAGUGGAAUUAGCUCAGCUGCAAGAGGAGUGGACCAGCCACAACAAUCAUCUGGUGAAAUACAUUCGCACCAAAACUAAGCCGCAUAUUUUCUACGUGCCUGGAAAAUUGUGCUCCGCUACAACGAAACUCCUCGACGACUCCACCAAGAAACUAAACGUUGUGUUUGAAGAGAGGCGUGAGGCUUUUGCCGAACACCUCAGCAAGAUGGAGUCCCGCCCCCGGCGACAGCCAAACCGUGACCAGGACAGCAUCGCAGCAACAACAGGGAUGGACCACUCGGCGGAGGGUAAGCCAGCAGGUCAGCUAGUCAAGGUGACAGGUAAUAAGGGGAUAGAGGAGAUGGAUGAAGACGAGGAUGAAGAUGAUGAGGAAGAGGAAAAGGAGAAAGAGAAGCGAAAGGAGGGGGAUAGAAAGGUGGCAGAAAAGGUAGAGGAGAUGGAGGUAAGGGAGAAGGAGGAGUUAAAGGAGGAAGAAGAGGGGAUGGAGGUGAGCGAGGAGGGGAAAGGGCAGACAAAGGGAGGAGAGGAGGGAGUGAAAGACGGGGAGGAGAAAGAGGAGACGGUAGAGAAGGAGGCUAGUCCUAAGUCAGAGGAGAUGGAGGUAAAGGGCAGGCCAGAGCAGGAGGGGAAGAGUAACGGAGAAGGGAGGGAGGCAGACAGCAAGGGGGAGGCCAAAGACCUUCAGAAUGAAAACACCCAAGUCAUCCAGUCCUCUGAAGCACCCCUAACCAUCCAGGAAGUACCAAACAUCAGUCAGCCUCAGAUCAGCCUCCCUGCAGAGGAACCUGCCGCUAAGUCCUUUGAGGUCCCAGGACCUGAGAGCACACCUGGUCCUCAAACAGUUCCCACGGUACCUGAGCAGGACUUCAUCGUCCCUGUCCAAGUCUCAGCUGUGGAGAAGCAGGCUGUGGAGGAGAAAACAGGGGGUGAAGCACCUCAAAAACUGCCUGACACCCAGGAGGCCCCCAGCAUCAUCCCUGCUCCCCCGCAGGGAGAGGAGGCUGCUGGGAGAGGACGGAAGAAGGCAAAGGAGCACAAGAAGGGCCGCAGUCACAGCCACAGCUCCUCCUCUUCCUCCUCCGGAUCCUCCUCCAGCGGGAGCUCUUCCUCAUCCUCUGGAUCUAGCCGCUCUUCUUCCUCGUCCUCCUCUUCCUCGUCCUCCUCGUCAAAGAGUAGCAGCCGCAGUCGCAGCCGAGACGGCGGUAAGCGCAAGAGGAAGCCCUCAGAUAGGAGCAGGAAGAAGGGAUCAAAGGAGAGGAGUCACCGCAAGAGAGGAGGGAGUAGCGGAGGAGGGAGGGACUCGAAGGGAUCGAAGGAGAGGAGGAAGAGGAGGAGCGAGGAAGGGAGGAGCAGGUCAUCCCGGGGAGAUAGGGAGCAUAAAGAUAGAGACAGGAAAGACAAGAGACGCUAAUUUGGCUAAACUUAACUGAGGAGGGAUAACGGGGAACUCAAACAUGAUGAUUUUUAAAGUGCCACAAAGUAACGACUGUAGGUGUGAACACGGAUCUGUGUCAGUUUAGAGACUCAGUCAAACUCCAGAGACCACAAAGAGACGUAGACUUUUUAAACUUUGGGCCCCAGUGGAGCGUCUGGCAGGGAAAGUCCUUUCAGUCAGUCAUUGAACGCCUCACCAACAGAUCUGAGAUGUUAUUUUAGUCCUCAUUUUAUCCCCCAAUGAUUCAUCUUCAGCCUGGAGUAGAUUUUUACGAAGCUCUUUGUGGCACCGCGGUCAGAAGAUACUGCUGAAUGUUUGAUCACAUCCUAAUCAGAAUGCCGCAGGCCCCGGUGUUAACGGCAGCCAUCAUCGUAAAGUAGUUGUGUUUUCAAGUUGAUGUGACAACGCUGUUUAAUCUCAUUUAUUUCCACUAUUUGGUCAAUGUCAAAGCUGUCCACAUCACGUGGGAACAUGUGUGAUACGCCCAAAUUCUGGAUGUUGAAGAUGUUUUUUCCAUCUUGUUUAUUUUUUUUGUACAACUGGUAAUUUGCUUCAUAUUAAAGGUGAGGUCUUAGAGGAAA